GAGUCGAGCCUCCGCACCAGCCAGCCGUCGAAGUCGCCGGGCGCGGCCAUCUUGGCUCUGCGGGGUCCUCGGAGGCGGCGCGUGCCGGUGGCGGCUGUCUGCGGCGAGCGCCUGUCUGCAGAGAAGAGCGCGGCGGCACCAUGUUCCUGGUGGGGCUGACUGGGGGCAUCGGCUCCGGGAAGAGCACUGUGUCAGCCAUGCUGCGCCAGCUGGGAUGCCCAAUUAUUGAUGCAGACCUCAUUGCCAGGGAAGUGGUCCUGCCCGGCAGAGCUGCCCACACCCUCAUUGUGCAGCACUUUGGCACCGAAUUCCUUCUGCCCACUGGUGAGAUCAACCGGGAGAUGCUGGGUAGCCUGAUCUUCUCAAACCCAGAAAAGUGCCGCCUGCUCAACUCCAUCACCCAUCCUGAGAUCCGGAAGGCCAUGCUGUGGCAGAUCUUCAAGUACUUCCUCCUGGGCCACCGCUACAUCAUCCUGGAUGUGCCCCUGCUCUUUGAGACCCGGGGGCUGACGCGUUUCCUCAAGCACAUCGUGGUGGUCUACAGCGACCCGGACACGCAGCUCUCACGACUCAUGAAGAGGGAUGGCAUCACACGGGCACAGGCUGAGCAGCGCAUUGCUGCCCAGCUGCCACUCAAGGACAAGCGACGCCUGGCAGACCACGUGAUUGAGAACUCAGGCGGGCGUGAUGACACCCAGCGGCAGGUCCUGCGUCUACAUGCCCAGCUCGAGCGCUCCUGGGACUUCCUGGCACUGCGGGCAGUGGUCCUGGCCGUGGUCACGGGGCUGGGUGGGCUACUCGUGCUCCUUGUGAAGCAGAUGGCACGCUGAGGCAUGCAUCCUCUUUGGACAGUCGAAGGCCUGAUGCCUGGCAGGGUGAGGGUACAGUGCCCACUCUGUUUGAGUCUCUGCCAGUGUUUUGAACUGGCACACUGCCGGGCAUCUGGAGGCCUCGUAUGAUUUUUAACUGGCGUCGCGCUCUUUUUAUCAGUUUUUAAACCGAGUGACGUUAAUAAAGUGCAGCACUCUGGG